UGCGCAACAAAUGACUGUUGUUAAAUGGAGGCUGUUUGAAAUGAGUUGUGGUCGCGAGCAGAAGAAAGAAAAACACGCUCAUAUCAAUAUCAGUAUUUCCCAGCUAGUUAUUUUUUCAGAGAGCGGACACUAUGGACUCAAGUGUUGACGAUAUACAGGAGAUGGAGAAAGAGAGAUCGUCUUCUCCAGCGGCUCAGUCCCCUGUAAUGGACCGUAACCCGUCUCCACCUCCACAAACGGCUGAUGGAGAGAGGGACGAAGAUGUGGACGCCAUUGGAGACACUGUGUACAGCAAGCACUGGCUCUUCAGCACGCUGACUCGUCUCAUCCAUAUGGUCUCAGAGCAUUCAGAGGAGGAAUCAGAAGGUCAAAUGCAGCUCCGUGAUGACGAUGAGGAAGAUCUAUGUCGAGUCUGGGAUAUGGCAAUGGAUAUGGACGUGGCCGGUUUUCUGCAGGAAUUCAAAACUACGGAUAUCCUUCUUGGUGUGAUAGCCAAAUCUCGUAGUCCACGUCUCACAGAAAUCUGUGUGGGAAUCCUUGGGAACAUAGCUUGUUUUCCUGAUACCUGUCUGACUCUAAGCCAAAAUGAAGACUUAGGUGCUGUGCUGUUGCUCCUCCUUGCAGAUACAGAUCCUCCAACCCUUUUGGAAACAAGCAGGUUGCUGCUGACCUGUCUCUCACAGAAAGAUGUCUGUUCCCUCUGGCUUCAGCGGAUACGACAGAAGACGUCUGUGCAGUCCAACCUCUGUUUCAUUAUGUGCAGUUCUACCAACAUUGACCUGCUUGAGAAGGUCGGAGAGGUGGUUGACAAAUUGUUUGAUCUUGACGAAGAGCUGAUGAAGAGUUGGAUCACAGCUCAGCCAAGUGAGGAGGAGGAUGGUGAUGAUUGUGAAAGCCGUCUGGAUGUGGCCUCGUGCCUUCUUGAGGCAGCCAAGCAGCUUAGACCAGAGAGUCCGAAUGGCUUAGAAGUUUACCUUCAUGCCCUCCAACUCCUCACCACCAUAGACGAAGGCAUUCAGUGUUUUGCUGCCCCAGGUGGGCCUGGCAAAGCGGUUUUGGACUUUGUUUGUGAAAUGGUGUGCAAGGACCUUUGCCAGCCAAACGACCUUCCAGUUGUCCUGCAAGAGCAGAAGAGCAUUUUGGUUCAGUCGUUUUCUGUGCUUCAGGCUCUUUACAGAUGCCAGGAUCAGUGGCCCAGCAAAAGCGACACAAGCCUGCCGCUUGUCGCGACCAUUUUGCGGGUGCUCCAGUACCACAGUGACUCCAAAGAGGAUGGCACCAACAAAGAAGAAGGCACAAAAGAUGAACAGCUGCAGAUUCUGGCAGAGAUUGCAGCUGAGUUUCUAGCUGACAUCUGUAGUCAGAUUCCCAAGGACACUGUGGCAGAUUUGGUGAAGAAAGGCGUCCUGACAGAGAAGACGUGUCACACGGCUGCAGGCAGUUUACUUCCCAACUUCAAAGCUUCAUUUCAACACCUGCAGAUGAUGUUGUCAGAGACUGAUCCCCAGUUGGCAGACGUGGUGAGGAAACAGUUUCCUGACUAAGACGCCCAGCAGAUCAGUAUUCAACACUCAUCCAGACUCUCACCUCUGCUUUUUAUAGUGGACUUUAUUUCCUCUCCAAAGAUCCUGCUCCAAAACUAUUUGCAUUUCCACUGGGUCACACACACACACACACACACAGAUAUCACUCUGUCACUAUAGUGCGCCAGUCUUCUUGACUAAAGUCUGUAAAAGUAAAGUUGUGCAGAUGUUUAAAGUUUUUAACUGUUUUUUGAGAAAGAUAUUUUUGUAUUAAUUUCAUAGUUUGUUUUUUUAUUGGCAAUUUGUGCUUAAAAGAUUUUUCUGAAACAUCAAGAUGCAAAAGCGCCAGGCAAACGGAACAAUCCGUAGAUAGAUAUGCUCUAUUUCACAAACAGAAUAGACAGUCUUCUAAUAAUAGUUCCUUGAUCUAUCUUUGUUCUUCACUCAUCAAAUGUGUCUGUACAUUUAAAGGAUACAUUUACUUGAAAUCAGCCAAUCAGCAUCCAAAAAUCCAUUAGCAUGUAACCAUGUGUUUUCCUUUAUUUAAAAACGUAAAUAAAACACUGGUACAAUGAA